AUGAGUGAAGAAAUCACAAAGCUGCAAAAUAAGCUAGCACUGCUCACUACUGGAGGCGAAAUGGAAUAUUUGCGGAAUAUUUUCGUCCAAUUCAUUCAAUCAAACAAUUCGUCUGCUAAGAAGAAUAUUUUGAAAGCUAUGGGAAUGGCACUCAAACUAAGUGCUAAUGAAAUGAAGGCUAUCGAUAGCAAAUAG